AAGGUGUUAUAAUAGAAACAAGAUGGCAUUGAAAUAUUCAAAUAGUGAAAAAAAUUUAAAAAUGCGCCUGCUUUAAUAGUUGCGAAGCAUAUAGGCAUAUAGGUCGAUCAACCGUCACCGAUGGCAACCCGGGACACUAGUACAAUAGUUUUGAAAAUUCUCCUUAAAACUUAAUAAAAUACCCAAUGAAUAAUGCAUCAAUUGUGAAAAUGCGCCUAACUCAUUAUCGGCGGAGUACUCCAAUUGGAACUUAGUUGAGAUGAAUGGCGAUAGUUCAUACAAUUCUGUGAGCAGUGACAGCGAUUUAAAUAAUGACAACCUUAACUUAAUGCCAGGAUAUUAUUAUAUUGUGCCUGGCGAGAAUGGUGCUAGUGUUUGGACAUUAAAAAAUGAUAAUAGCUCAACUGCAGAUAUCAGUAAUAAUUAUGAAAUGUUUGCAGAUAACUUAUCAGUUUUACCAAAUCAAAACCAUUUUAUGCAGCAGCUAGAGAAUGAUAAUAAUUUGUCUACAAAUGGAGUCGAGGAUUUCAAUAGCGCCUCUGCGGAGAAUCAAUUAAUUCUAUCAGAUCAAGACGGGUUUUUUCAGCCUAUAAAUAAUAAUGAUAAUAUACUAAAACUGGAGGAACAAAACACCUUGUCAUGGCCGUGGGAAAGUGCAAACAUACAACUUACUUCAUCAACAGAUGACGGCCCAAAUGAAAAUGGAUUAUCUAUAGAUAAUUUUUUAGUUUCAGCAGAUCAAAAUGAUUUUUUCAAGCAGUUAAAUGAAAAUAAUUUAUCUGAGUACAACAACACUAUGAAGGCGGAAAGUAUGCCUAACUUAAAAAGAAGCGACGCUCUGCCUUGGGUAAUUGAAAAUGAUAACACCUUGUCUGCAGAUGACGUCCCAAACAAUAACGGGUUAUUAACUGAAAAUCUUUUAAUUUUAUCUGAUGACGAUACACAACAGAAUUUGUUCAAAUUAGAACCACAAAACACUUCUGUUUGGCCGUGUAAGACUAAUGGCAAUUGCUCUACAAACGAGGAAAAUGGAUAUGCAACAGAAAAUUUGUUUAUUUUAUCAGAUCAGGAUGGAGUUUUUCAACCGUUCCAGAAUGAUGCUGAUUUACGUGAAAAUAACUGCAAAACAUCAACAGAAAACAUAAUGGAGAUCGAUCAAGAAAGUGUGUCUAAUUGGCAAAUGGAAGAUGAUAUUAAUAUGUCCGCAGAUAGCAUUUCAAACACAGUCCGUUUAGUAGAGAAAACAACGUACACAUUUGCAGAACAAGAUACCUUAAUCUGGUCAGUAGGAAACAAUUCAUCUGCAAAUAACGAAUUUGAUACAGAUGACAAUACAAUCAUGGAACUUCCUUUGAGGAAUAGCAGUAGUACUGUAAAUCUGGUCAAAGAAUGGAUGGAUGAUGACAAUAGUUUUUAUAUACAAAAUUCUGAAAAUUUAUUACAUAUAAUUGGAAACGAUUCUAAGGCCUUCACUGCUGAAAAUAACUUAACCGAUAAGUAUGUGACUGGUGGUAUAGUUAAUUCAACCAUUAUACCUAUGGAUUACAGUUCCGAUAAUUUGAUGGGAUCCCCAACAGAGUUUGAAUUUAAUUUACCAUCACCAAGCAACUUUGAUAAUCCGGAAGCUGAGCUCAAAGUACUAGAGUUUUUAGAAUCAAACAUAAGUCAUUCAACUUCACUUCCUACACGAGAUGUUAAUGUGAUCAAAAACGAUCCUCGUAUUAUAAAAUGUUCGCACUGCCAAAAAAUAUUUGACCUUAACAAAUUUGAGGCGCAUAUCUGUCAUUAUGAUGAAAAUCAUAUCCGUUGUUCAGCAAAUGCCAAUUUACCGCAUACGGAUAAGUUUAAAGAAAAAUUUGACCCACCAUGCCUUCGUAUUAUGCGCGAAAACAAGGCCCGCUUUCGUCCUAUAAACAGAGAAGAACUAAAUAAUGAUAACGAUCUUAAGAACUUUCAUGCAUUUAAAAUUGCAAACCUGGAUGGAAGUCUUAAGAGGCCACAUGCACAGCAUGAAUGCACGUUAUGUGAACGAAAAUUCGUUCACGCAUCGGGUCUACAACGUCAUAUGGAGAAACAUGUCUUUGACAUAGCUCCUAUAAACAAUUAUACAUAUGGACAAGCGGGCAAGGAAUUCACAGAGAAAAAACGCAUUAUGUUAGAAUGUGUGAGUUGUGGUCAAAUUUUCUACAAUCCAGAUGAUGCAAUCAAUCAUUUAAGUACUCAUUACUCCAUUCUAAAUUUCAAAAUGACUGUACCUGAUUAUUUACAAGUUGGCAAAGAAAAUGAUAUUGAUUUUAUUGAAGACAAUGAGCAACACUCAGUAGAGGAGCAUAACAUGGAUACAAUUUCGAAGGAAUUUUCUUCCUAUCUUAAUUUCAUUGAAACCAACUGUAUACUAGAAUGCGAGUUUUGUGAUAGCUUAUUUCAUAAUGUAACAUAUUUACUUUCGCAUACGGCCUCGCACUCACAGUCGGAGAGUCGCUACAAUUGUGUAUCUUGCUCUGUUAAACUCUCGACUUUGAAAGAGAGUACAUUGCAUUGGCAAACGGAAUGCGUCUUUUUGCGUGAAAAUAUCAAGAUGCACCAGGCUGCCUUCAAUUGUUGGCAGAUAUGCAAUGUAUGCGAAAAUAAGUUUGCAUCCAAGGAGGAAUUACUUGAACAUCGUCAUGAGGAAAGACAUUUCUUUCCGCGUUUGGAUCAAAAAUCAAACAAACUUGUAAUGCCCUGCGAACACUGCGAUCUAUCUUUCUUCGAUGAAAUGACAUAUACACUUCACUUCGCACGUAAACACCAAAAAAAGUAUAAGCGUGAGAGGGAAAUUGACAAGAAUAGCUUCAAGGCCCGUCAAUUUCUUUGCGAUAUAUGUGGCAAGGCUUACACACAAUCCAGUCAUUUGUGGCAACAUUUGCGUUUUCAUCAAGGUGUUAAGCCAUUUGAGUGUCCAGAACAAAAUUGUGGACGCAAAUUUACCAUACGCCCAGAUCUAAAUGACCAUAUACGCAAAUGUCAUACAGGGGAACGUCCGUUCAAGUGUGUUGAAUGUGGUAAAAGUUUCAUGACUGGUUCAGUGUAUUAUCAACAUCGGCUAAUUCAUCGCGGCGAACGACGUUAUGAAUGUGAUAAUUGUCAAAAACGUUUCUAUCGCGCAGAUGCACUGAAGAAUCAUCAACGUAUACACACUGGUGAGAAACCCUUUCCCUGCUUAUAUUGCACAAAACAUUUUCGUCAACGGGGGGAUCGAGAUAAACACAUCAAGGCACGGCAUUCUCAUCUGAACGAAAAUACUAGAAUGAUAAUGCAACUGCAGAAGUUUCAGUUGGAGUCAGCAGAAGCCGCAAAAUCUAACAAUGAAACUGAAGUGGUGAUGCCAAUUGACGCUGACCAGAUAAAGCAUAUUCAGAAUAUUCUGGCACUGGAAUCAUAAAAAUAUUAAGUUAAUAUUAUUUUUAUGCUCCCAUUACAAAGUUAAUAAGUUCAUAUGUUAUUUAAACAAUAAGAACUUUCAAUUAUUUAUCUGUUAACAAUGACAUAAUAAUGAAGUUACAAAAGUGUCUAAGAGAUAAAAUAGUUGUGGUUGUGAUGUUUAAACAAAACAAAAUAUCACAUCAUUUUUAUAGUAGAAUAGGUAACACUUAACAUAGUUUUUAAA